GUGCUCGAAAUUGGUUUGUCAUAUGCAUGGAGAGCAAAGCUUUGGAAGCAAAACAUAUAUCGAAUUAUUUGCCGUGGAGAUUUUCAAACAAGAGACAAAAUUAUUUAGGAUAGCCUACACUUCUUUUGCGCUAAUGUGUUUUGCCUUUGAGCUUUUACUUUAGGACGUGAUGUGGUAGUUACUGUACAAGAGGACGUGUUUUGUGCCACUACUUUUGAGGGACUGUCAUCUGGAUACCCAAGGAGCCCCUUCUUUCUCCAGCAAUAUCGACAGUAUAGGGAUCCUACAGACAUUUCCAGCUCUUCUAGCCUACUACCGGACUUGUGAGAAAAUAUAAGCGGAGUUAUUCGAAAUAAUUAUUUGGAAUCGCCAUUCUUUUCCCUCGACCCUCUGAGGAGACUGAUCUGUGCGCAAGGACGAUAUCAAUUGGGUAAAGAAGAUAGUGUGAACAUUUUUAUCACUUAAACUUUCAAUGGGAGGACUAUUUGAAGGGUAAAUUGUUUCACCAGUAUCUUCUAAAACACGGAUGGGAUAUAUGGUUCUAGUCUCUGAGAUGUGAUGUACUGGAUUUGUAAGGAGCUUUGACGAGAGAAGAACCACUCACAGGAUAGGCUUUGAGGGCCGUAAAACAGGACUGUAACAGGACUGCAGUGCAGCGGAAGGAACCGUAACGGACGGAGCGCUCGCUUCGGGCUCACCAGGGAAGGCCUGACCCCUCCAUUGGGCGGAUCGACAGCCAGGCGGAGGGGCCAUGUGGUCUGCACGCCUGCUCCUCUUCGCCAGCCUGUUCGCGCCAGCAGCACUGGCCUUCAGUCGAGCUCCCAUCCCCAUGGCGGUCGUGAGGAGGGAGCUGUCAUGUGAGAGCUACCCCAUCGAGCUGCGCUGCCCGGGCACUGACGUCAUCAUGAUUGAGAGUGCCAACUACGGACGCACCGACGACAAGAUCUGUGACGCCGACCCGGCGCAGAUGGAGAAUACACGCUGCUACCUGCCCGAUGCCUACAAGAUCAUGUCCCAGAGAUGUAAUAAUCGGACCCAGUGUGCUGUAGUGGCUGGACUAGAUGUAUUUCCUGACCCUUGCCCCGGAACCUAUAAGUACCUAGAGGUCCAGUACGAAUGUGUACCCUACAAAGUGGAACAAAAAGUAUUCCUGUGCCCCGGCUUGCUGCGAGGGGUGUACCAGAGCGAACACCUCUUUGAGUCGGACCACCAAUCCGGUGCCUGGUGUAAAGACCCCCUCCAGGCCUCCGACAAGAUUUACUACAUGCCCUGGACGCCAUACCGCACGGACACGCUGACCGAGUACUCCUCCAAAGAGGACUUCAUCGCCGGGCGACCCACGACCACGUACAAGCUACCGCACCGUGUCGACGGCACAGGCUUCGUAGUGUACGAUGGCGCUCUGUUCUUCAACAAGGAGCGCACGCGCAACAUCGUCAAGUUCGACCUGCGCACGCGCAUCAAGAGCGGUGAGGCUAUUAUUGGCAGCGCAAACUACCACGACACCUCGCCGUACCGCUGGGGAGGCAAGUCAGACAUCGACCUCGCCGUGGAUGAGAACGGCCUGUGGGUCAUCUACGCCACGGAGCAGAACAACGGGCGCAUCGUCAUCAGUCAACUCAACCCAUAUACUCUCCGCGUAGAAGGAACCUGGGAUACCGCCUACGACAAGCGCUCAGCGUCCAACGCCUUCAUGAUAUGCGGGAUUCUGUACGUGGUGAAGUCAGUCUACGAAGACGACGACAACGAGGCGACUGGGAACAAGAUCGACUAUUUCUACAACACAGAGCUGAGUAAAGAUGGCUUCCUGGACAUCCCCUUCCCCAACUCAUACCAGUACAUCGCCGCCGUGGAUUACAACCCGCGGGACAACCUUCUGUACGUUUGGAACAAUUACCACGUGGUCAAGUACUCGCUGGACUUCGGCGCCUUGGACAGUAGACUGGAAUCGUCUUCAUCAGUGAUUGUAUUUAUGGAUACCACGACAACUCGGACUACAACUCGACCGACUACGGUUUCCACGACGACCACGUCAACAACCAGCACCACGACGACCACCAGGGUUUCGGCGACGACCCCCGUUGCCCAGCGACCGCGACCCACCUCGACUACCCUGCCGCCGCCAUUUCCGCCAGCAGAGGGCAAUAUCCCAGAGGGCAACACAAAGUCGUCCCCGUCCUCCAAGCUCCCCAACAUCAGCAUUGAGUACUGUAAUCCCAUGAUCAUGUCGGAUGUGACCUGGCCCAAGACCAGACAGGGAUUGGUGGCCAGGCAACCAUGCCCGACUGGAACAAUAGGCGUUGCCAUGUAUUUGUGUAUGGGGCCCGAAGGAUACUGGGACCCUCAAGGGCCCAACCUUAGCAACUGUACGUCACCAUGGGUCAAUGUAAUCACCCAGAAGCUCAAAGCCGGAGAGACUGCAGCCAUCAUUGCCAGGGAGCUGUCAGAGCAAACCAAGAUUAACCUUCAGGCGGGGGACAUCACCUACACAGUCAAGGCCAUGGGUCAGCUUGUGGACCUACUUGACGUGCAGCUUAGGAACCUCACCCCUGGAGGCAAAGAUAGCGCAGCCCGCAGCCUCAACAAGCUGCAGAAAAGAGAGCGCUCAUGUAGGAUUUACGUGCAGGCCAUGGUGGAGACCGUGAACAACCUGCUUCAGCCCCAGGCCCAGUCGGCGUGGAGGGACCUGAGCACUGGGGAGCAGCUGAGAGCAGCCACUAUGCUACUGGACACGGUGGAGCAGGGGGCCUUCAUUCUGGCUGACAACCUGCUCAAGACGGACAUUGUGCAGGAGAACACAAACAACAUCCAGCUGGAGGUGGCCAGGAUGAGUACAGAAGGAAAUCUGCCCGACCUGAAAUUCCCACAGAGUGGCCAUGGCAACUCCAUCACCCUGUCGGCGAGCACCUUGAAACAACAUGGGAGAAAUGGAGAGAUCCGGAUGGCUUUCGUCCUGUAUAAACACAUCGGAGCCUACCUGUCUACAGAGAAUGCCAGCAUGAAGCUGGGCAGGGAAGCCAUGGCCACCAACUACUCUGUCAUUGUCAACUCUCCCAUCAUCACUGCAGCCAUCAACAAAGAGAGCAACAAAGUCUACCUGUCCGAACCGGUCAUAUUCACCUUGAAACACCUGCAGCAAUCCAAGGAAAACUUCAACCCAAACUGUUCUUUCUGGAGUUACUCCAAGAGGACCAUGACGGGGUACUGGUCAACGCAGGAUUGCCGGUUGCUAGGUACCAACCGGACUCACACGACAUGCUCUUGUACCCACCUGACCAACUUUGCCGUCCUUAUGGCUCACGUGGAGGUCAAGAAUACAGACCCGGUCCAUGACAUGCUGUUGGACGUGAUCACGUGGGUUGGCAUCCUGCUCUCUCUGGUCUGCCUGCUCAUCAGCUUGUUCACCUUCUGCUUCUUCCGGGGUCUCCAGAGCGACCGCAACACCAUCCACAAGAACCUCUGCAUCAGCCUCUUCAUAGCAGAGUCCCUCUUCCUGGUGGGGAUCAACCGAGCUGACCAACCGAUUGCCUGUGCUGUGUUCGCCGCCCUGCUCCACUUCUUCUUCCUGGCUGCCUUCACCUGGAUGUUCCUGGAGGGCGUGCAGCUCUACAUUAUGCUGGUGGAGGUGUUUGAGAGCGAGCACUCGCGCAAACGCUACUUCUACCUGGUGGGCUACGGCGUGCCCGCGCUCAUUGUGGCUGUGUCGGCCGCCGUGGACUACCGGAGCUACGGCACGGAUCGAGUGUGCUGGCUUCGACUGGACACCUACUUCAUUUGGAGCUUCAUAGGACCGGCAACCUUGAUAAUUAUGCUCAACGUAAUAUUCCUAGGCAUCGCGCUGUACAAGAUGUUCCACCACACCGCCAUCCUCAAACCCGACUCGGGUUGCCUCGACAACAUCAACUAUCGUUAUUAUGAUGGAAUUAUUAUUGUGGAAUGGCACUGCUAUGAGGAUUACGAACCUGAGAUCAAAUCGUGGGUGAUUGGGGCCAUUGCUCUGCUCUGUCUGCUGGGCCUGACCUGGGCCUUCGGCCUGAUGUACGUCAACGAGAGCACGGUCAUCAUGGCCUACCUCUUCACCAUCUUUAACUCCCUGCAGGGCAUGUUCAUCUUCAUCUUCCACUGUGUCCUCCAGAAGAAGGUGCGUAAAGAGUAUGGAAAGUGUCUGCGUACCCACUGCUGCAGUGGCAAGAGUGUGGAGAGUUCCAUUGGCUCUGGGAAGAGCUCAGCCUCCCGCCCACCAGGGCGCUAUUCCACAGGGUCACAGAGCCGGAUCCGUCGGAUGUGGAACGACACAGUCAGGAAACAGUCAGAGUCAUCUUUCAUAACCGGUGACAUCAACAGCUCAGCGUCGUUGAACAGAGGGGCUAUGGCUAACCAUCUCAUAACUAAUGCUCUCCUCCGUCCCCAUGGCACUAACAAUCCCUAUAACACAUUGCUCGGGGAAUCGGCCGUCUAUAACAACCCAUCAGUGGGCAUGUACAACACGCAAGAGGGAAUCCUGAACAAUGCCCGGGAUACAAGUGUCAUGGAUACUCUACCACUGAAUGGUAACCAUGGCAACAGCUACAGCAUCGCCAGCGCCGAGUACAUGAGCGACUGUGUCCAGAUCAUCGACCGGGGCUACAACCACAAGGAGACCACGCUGGAGAAGAAGAUCCUGAAAGAGCUGACCUCCAAUUACAUCCCCUCCUAUCUGAACAAUCACGAGCAAAACCGCAACCUCAUGAACAAGCUGGUGAACAAUGUGAGCAACGGAGGCAAGGAUGUUGGUCUGGGGGGUAUGGGGAUGGGUGUAGGGAUGGGGAUGAAUGUGGCACUGGGCUUGGACGAUCAAUCUUCCUUCCCCCCGCACCUCCACGAUGAGGGUCUGGGCCUGGAGUUGAUUCGGGAGGAGUCCAACGCCCCCCUUCUGCCCCAGAGACCCCCUUUGCUGCCGCCCGUGGACAACCUCCACCACAACCACCUCCACAACCAGGGCCCGCCGCAUCAGCCUCCGCUCCCCCACCACCACCACCCAGCCUUCUCCUCGGCCACCACCACCUCAUCCUCGUCCCGCCGGCGGAUCCCACAGGAAAACAGCGAGAGCUUCUUCCCCCUGCUCACCAACGAGAACACCCAGGACGUGGAGCCCCACCACAUGGACUCCCUCUACACCAGCAUGCCCGUGCUGGCAGGCCUACCGGAUACCACAGCCAUCGGCACCACCACUGCCCCCCUCGCUGAUAAAGAUGCCGGAGAGGGCCACCCGGCAGGGGGCAAGAGCCCAGAGGCCAGCCAGGACGACGUCUACUACAAGAGCAUGCCCAACCUGGGCUCACGUAACCACCUGCACCAGCUACACUCCUACUACCAGCUGGGGAGGGGCAGCAGCGACGGGUUCAUCGUGCCCCCCAACAAGGAGGAUCUGUCCCCUGAAGAGGCCCCCCAGGAGCCCUCUCACCUGGUCACGAGCCUAUAGGCCUACAGACCCAACCCCCCUGACCCAUUCGCCCCAAUCCCUUCUCGCCGUGUGGUUCCCCAUUUUUUUCUGCCUCCCCUUCUCCCUACGCGUUCCCCCUUUUUUUUACUCUGUGUCCCGAAGUUGAAAAGCGAAAGUGAUGCCUGUCUAAUACUGACCGCAAACAGAAUAUUGAAACUGUUAUGUUUUGUGGAUAAUACGACUCAACUCGGUUAGAUGUUGGAGAAAUCUGUUGAUGUGCAUUUCACUUUUUUUGCCAGAUGCCGAACCUUGUAUGGAUUGAUGUGUUUUCUUUCAGUGGGAGGGGAGAUGAACACUCGGGAUAGCGGGAUCUCAGGCUCUGAAAUGCAUUUUGACAGUCCAAAGGAACUACAAACGGACCCCAAAAACGUUCUGCUACUAGUUGAUGUGUAGAGUUAAAAUCAGAACAAAUCAAGAAUAAGACUAUUUUAUUAUACUUCUGUAUCCAUACUGGCUUUUUAAGGGGGGUUCUUCCUCUAUGGUGAUAUUGCAGCACAUUUUGUGCUGAAGUGUUCCUGCAAGUUCGACUAAACUUAUUUUGAACAAUGAAGGACUUUAAAUCACGUGCUUUACAGCAUAUUUUUAUUUUUAUUUUUUAUUUUGCUGUAACAAUAAUAAUUGUUGAAAAAGAUAAAGAAAAAAACGAAUAACAGAGAAUUAUGAGAUAUUUCUAUGUAAAUGUACAGAUACUAGCAUUGCACAUAAUAGUAUGAUUUUUGUUCCACCCAAACCUUUGUCUCUGUAAAUGUAGUUGUUGCGGAGCAUUUCCUUUCUGUUGUGCUGGUCUUGAGCAUUAUUUUAACUUUUCAUUUUUUCCAAGAAACAACAAACAAAGCAACAAAACUAAAUAACACCCCCAAAAAAAUCACAAAACACUUACCGUACAUGAUUUUGUUCUCUAGCGAUGUAACCGCCCAUGUUUUCUGAACCAUUUUAGUUUUACAGUUUGAUUAUUUCUUCACUGUGUAGAUAGAAAGAUAAUUCUGGUUCACCCACCGUAGAAGGGGACGAAAUCACAAGUGUCCGAAGAGUUGGCCUGCAGAGAGAAAGCUAUUUUAUUUUCUCAUCAGUUAAAAGAGACAGGUGCUUCUCAGAGAGAAAGAGAACAAAUUGAAUAUCAAUAAGCAACUAGGCACUGCAAAACUGAACUUUUUGAGUGAGGAAAAACAACUGGAAAUGUGUUGCUGUAAAAUAUAUUUAUUUAUUUGUUCAAAAGACAAAAUAAAGUGAUAAAUGGAGGUAAAGAAUUUAGCAGCACAGAUUAGUUUUUAUUAUGAGUAUGAUUAUGGCUUUUUAUUUAUUCAUUUUUGUAUUGGUUUCCAAGUUGAAUGACCUCAUAACUAAUAUUUGUUGUAACAGUGAAACUUGUUUGCCAACAAAUAAAUUACUGAUUAAGAUUUACCACAUAGUUA